AUGACGGGAAGAAAAUUUGCCAGGAUCAUGCGUGGCCUCCAUAUUGCUCCCGUGAAUGCAGACCCGGCAGAUCCCAACCAGAAACUUCAAGAGUUCUCUGGGGCACUGUUGGAAAGAUUUAGAGAUCUCUAUGAGCCCAAGCAACAACUAAGCCUUGACGAGUCACUAAUCCGAGCCUUUGGACGAAUUGGAUUUAAGGUCCGAGUUGUCACCAAGGCGGCGCGAUAUGGAAUCAAGUUGUAUGUCUUGACAGAAUCCACUUCUGGAUAUGUCUUGAAUGUGGAAAUGUAUACUGGUGGUGCUGGACACAUUCAAUCUGAAGAGUUGAAGAAGACUACGCAGGUUGUGAAACGACUUUGUAACCCAUACAAUGGCUCCUACAGAACUGUCUAUGUGGAUCGGUUCUAUACUUCAAUCGAGGUAAUCAAGGAACUUCACGAAAGUGACUUGUUUGUCACCGGCACUGUGAUGGCCAACCGGAUCCCAAAGCAUCUUCGAUGGACCAACAAAUAUGCCAGAGACAAGCCGCGUGGGUACCACGAGUGUCAUGUGUACACUUUCGAGGAUUCAAAGGGUCAGACCAUUGUUAUUGGUCUCACGAUCUGGAAAGACCGCAAGCCUGUCAUUGUCCUUACCUCAGAUGGGGACUGCAGGCCAACUGGUAGCUGCAAAAGGCGGAGCAAAGCUGAAAGAGGUAUCAUUGACCUGAAUAGGCCAGAAAUAGUACGGAGAUACAAUGAGUACAUGGGUGGCGUGGACUUUGCUGACCAGAGACGUCUCCACGCUGAAACCCGACUUCAUGGGCUGCGUCGUUGGUGGAUCCGAAUCUUCUUUUACUAUGUGGAUGUUGGCAUUGAGAAUGCUGGGAUCCUAUACUGUGCUGCAAAAAAGAUACCGAGGAAGGAGUGGCCGAACCUUUUGGAGCUGAAGAAACAACUGGUGUAUCACUUUAUGGGGAGCCGGAUUUUUGCAGUUGAACAUGGUCUCCCACCGGCGGAUGAGAAUUCCAUACUUCCUGCUCAUCACAUUGAGAAAAGAUAUGCACAGAAGAAAGGACGCGACAGUAGAAGAAAGUGUACACUUUGUUUGGCUAAUGGGAAGUACAGCAAAGCCGGCUCAGUAUGUGCUGGGUGUGAAUUGGGUAACGGCUGUUGUCUGCCAUUUUGUGUGGAAGUGGACAGAAAUUGCUGGAGACUCUUCCACCAGAUGCCACUGGCCCAGCGGGAACGUGUUGUAGAGAUAUAUGAAGCGGGGCAAGCAUCAUUUCUGGGCAGACUAGGGCCUCCUGCCACAAAAAAGCGGCGAAAAUGA